UUAAUUUUCCUGGAUUUAGUUUUAUUCCUUCUUUCUCUUCUGCCUUUGCUUCACAACACACAUACCUCUCUCUCUUUCUUCUCCUUCUUUCUCUCUCUCUCUGCGUCUUACUUUGAGCAUGUUUGUUUCUUCAAGAAGAUCAUUACUCAACUUCUCUCUCUUCUCCUCCUUCUUAUUCCUUUUUAAAGCUCCUCUUUAACUUCAUCACUCUCACUUUCUCUUUUCUUUCUGAGAUAUAGAGAGAGAAAUAGAGAAAAAAAUCAAAUCUUUGAGACACCCUUUUGACUUCUUUGCUCAAAGAAUCCCUCUUUUAUUUUUCCCUUACAGAAAAAUCAUUUUAAAUUCCGAAGCAAAACCCUUAAGAUAAAAAUAACAAAAAGAAAACUCAUCACCCAUCAUCAUCAUCAUAAUCAUCAUCAUCAUCACCAUCAUCAGUAGAUGCAACAAUAGCAAGAGAGGUUUCUUAAAGGCUGUUUAAUUAUGUCCAUGGAAGGAGUUUUCUUAGAGGAACCAAAAUCAAACACAAACGCUACUCUCCCUGAUCUGUCUCUCAAUAUCAGUCUCCCAGAUAUUCAUCAUCUUCAUCACAAUGAAUCUUCCAAAGAACUUUCUCGAAGAUCAUCCCAAACCGACAACAACAAUCUCAUCAACAGAUCAUCAAACUUCGAACUCUCCUUAUCUCAUCAUAAUCACCCUAGCUCGAAUCCAACCACUAGAAUCCUCCAUUGUCCUGAGCGAAGAAACCUCAAUCUUUCUCAUCAUCAUCAGCAUUACAACAACCCCAUCAUCAAUGGUGGAAGUCUUCAUCAAAGGGUCGAUGAAUCCGAUAUUAAUAACCUCCACCGUCCGAUUAGAGGCAUCCCGGUCUAUCACAACCGUUCAUUCCCUUUCCACCAACAAACCUCUCCUUCUUCUUCUUUACCUUCUCUUGGAGGAGGAGACUUGGAUCAAAUCUCAAUCUUAAAUUCAUCUUCCGGCUAUAACAACGCUUACAGAUCAUUACAAUCUUCCCCUAGGCUAAAAGGUGUUCCAUUGCAUCACCAUCAUCAUCAUCAUAAUCACUAUGGAGUCGUUGGAUCUUCAGAUUCUUCUUCUCCUCAUCAUCAUCAUGGGAUGAUUAGAUCAAGAUUCUUGCCUAAGAUGCCGACAAAGCGGAGCAUGAGAGCUCCGAGGAUGCGUUGGACGAGUAGCCUACACGCGCGGUUUGUUCACGCCGUUGAGCUUCUAGGCGGCCAUGAAAGAGCAACUCCAAAGUCGGUUCUUGAGCUCAUGGAUGUAAAAGACUUAACUUUAGCUCACGUGAAGAGCCAUUUGCAGAUGUAUCGAACUGUUAAGACCACUAACAAGCCUGCUGCUUCAUCAGAUGGGUCAGGAGAAGAAGAAAUGGGCAUAAAUGGAAAUGAAGUUCAUCAUCAAUCAUCGGCAGAUCAAAGGGCACAAUCUGAUGAUACUUCUCUUCAUCAAGAAAUUGACUUUCCUUCCACACAACCUCGUUGGAGUAACUCUUCACGAGAGACAUGGCCAUUAAGUAAUAACUGCUCAAGCGACAUAGAUACGAUGAUCAGAACAUCAUCAACAUCAAUGACCUCUCACCAUCAAAGAUCCACCCUUCAAAACCAGGAGCUAAGGUCGAACGAUCAAGCAAAGAGGUGUGGAGAUCUUAGUAACAAUCCAAGUUUGGAGUUCACAUUAGGCAGACCAGAUUGGCACGAGAAAUGACUUUCUUGAUCCAUUCCGAUUUGAAUAUAUAUAUAUAUAUAUAAUCGUUUGUCUCUCUCUAUAUAUUUAUAUAUAUACUCGGAGCAUGUAUGCAGUUACCUCGUUGUGACGAUGAAUUUCUCAGAGGAAAAGUAGAACACGUAGAGAGCCAAGGCGCUCAAGAGUGUUGAUUUUUGCAAGAAGGAAGAAACUUUGGGGCUUCUUCUUUUCAAGUUCCAUUGAUGAUUUGACUAUCAAGUGAAUGAUCAAUGUAUGAGUUUUUGUUUCGGUUUUCCGGGGGUUGAUCUGGUGUGAUCAUCAUAAGUUGUAUAAUUGGAAGAUCAUCAAAUUUGGUGAAAGAUUGGAUUUUUAAAAGCCUCUUGGUGGUUAGAGAGUUUUUAGUUAUCUUUGGGUUUUUGCAGCUGGAAUGUAGAGAGAGAUAUCUGAGUUGAGAUUUCAUAUGUA